AGAUAACUAGAUUGCUAGAUGCACAUUUCUUGUCAUUUGUGCUUUCGUAAUGGUCCUGUUACUUGCAUUUUUGAUCCCGUUUUUGGGAAAAGAAGGCACGAUUUGGCUAGUACUAGUCUUAUCUAUUGUCGCGUAAUUUUCGUACAAUGUAAGAAAAAAACCAUCAUAUUAAAAAAAAGGAAUUAAACACGCAAAACCGAAAUUUCUGCUUGGUAACAUAGAAAUCAUCCGCUCGAAACCAUUCUCUGAGAAGACUCUAGAAAUAUACAACGACUUCCCGGACGAAAUAAUAAAUUAUUACUACCAUCUACAGUUCCAUAACCAUUCAAGGUACUACGGAGCUUACCAAUUCACCGAACCCAUUCUGGUGGUCAGAGACCCAGACCUAAUCAAGCAAAUCACAGUAAAACAAUUCGACCAUUUCGUCAACCAUCGCGUUUUGGCUAGCCCCGAAGCAGAUCCAUUCUUUAGCAAAAACCUGAUCUCAAGCCGGGACGAAAGAUGGCGCGAUUUGAGGGCCACGUUAAGUCCGUCUUUCACCAGCAACAAAAUGCGAUUCAUGUACACGUUGAUCGAUGAGUGUGCACAACAAUUCAUUGACCAUUUCCGAAAAGAAGAAGGAGAAAUAAUAGAACUAGAAAUGAAAGAUACCUUGACCAGAUACACCAACGACAUCAUCGCAACUACCGCUUUUGGUGUCCAAUGCAAUUCACUGAAAGACAGAAACAACCACUUUUAUCUCAUGGGAAAGGACGGUUCCGAUUUUGGGGGGUUGAGGUCUUUAAAUAAUAAUAAUAAUAAUAAUAAUAAUAAUAAUACUUUAUUUCCUUUAAGACAACAUUUACAUUGUAUAGGACACGUCAAUAAGUACAAAAAAAACAAUACACUCGCCAAUCGCAUCACAUUACCGCAAAUUGAUUGUGAGGCCAAUUUUCGUUCCAUACAUUCCAUACUACUUCCAUACAUAAAAUUCUUUAUGUAUGGAAGUAGUCCAACUCUAUUCAAGCUUCUGAAGAUAAAACUCGUUCCCACGUACAUUGUCAACUUCUUUUCGAAGAUUAUAGAAGAUACGAUGACCACGAGAAAAGAGAAAAAAAUUGUUCGCCCGGAUAUGAUUCACCUACUACUAGAAGCGCAAAAGAGACGUUACGAAGAUACCAAAAUCAAUGAAGAUUUUUCAGAGCUCGAAGAGAGCAAAAACCGUCAAAAACAAGAAAUCACUCUUGAAGAUAUCUGUUCGCAAGCCUUCGUUUUCUUCCUUGCGGGUUUUGAAUCAGUCGCCACGUUUCUAACUUUUGCAUUUUACGAACUGGCUGUGAAUCCAGACAUUCAAAAACGUCUUCGUGAAGAAGUACAAACUGUGGAAGGAAAAAUCACCUACGAAGCUCUUCUUGGUUUAAAAUACAUGGACAUGGUUGUUUCCGAGGUUCUAAGAAAGUGGCCACCGGCGAUUUUAACCGACCGAGAAAUAAACAAAAAGUUUACAAUCCAACCGAAAAAACCAGACGAAAAACCCUUUCUAGAAGAAGGUAUGAACUGUUGGAUUCCCAUAUUUGCGAUUCAUAGGGACGAAAAGUUUUAUCCUGAUCCUGAGAAAUUUGGUCCCGAAAGAUUCAACGAUGAGAAUAAAGCCACACUUAACCCGUCCGUGUAUUUACCGUUUGGUGCAGGACCCAGAAAUUGUAUAGGUUCCAGGUUUGCUCUGUUGGAAGGAAAGGUGGUUUUAGAUAAGAAUAUAGUGAAUCCAGCGGCUGAAGGAGGAAUGUGCUUGGGUUUCAAACACUUAUAA